AAAAAAAAAAAAAAUCUGCUAACUUCAUGCAGUUAUAAGCAAUGCCACAUUAAAUUGGUAGUUUUCUGAAUGAAGCUCGGCAUGACGCUCUCCCCGUGACCGGAAUGUGUCGGGACACGGUCACUGGAGACACACACGGGACAGGAGGAGGACAUGGACGGUGGAGUUUUUAACACGGUAAAGAGAGAUUAACCAGAAGUUUUAUCCCAAACACCAUGGAUUUAUUCAAACAACAGAAAGUGGAGGAUUUCUAUGAAAUUGGUGAAGAGUUGGGAAGUGGGCAGUUUGCCAUCGUAAAGCAAUGCCGAGAGAAAAGCACAGGUCUGGAAUUUGCUGCCAAGUUCAUCAAGAAACGGCAGAGCAUGGCCAGCUCUCGAGGAGUGCGGCGGGAGGAGAUCGAGCGGGAGGUGGACAUCCUGCAGCAGAUUCAGCACCCCAACAUCGUCACGCUGCACGACGUCUACGAGAACCGCACUGAUGUGGUGCUCAUCCUGGAGCUCGUCUCCGGAGGGGAGCUGUUUGAUUUCCUGGCUCAGAAGGAGUCUCUGAGCGAGGAAGAGGCCACCCAGUUCAUCAAGCAAAUCCUCGAGGGGGUGAACUACCUCCACGCCAGAAAAAUAGCCCACUUUGACCUCAAGCCUGAAAACAUAAUGCUACUGGACAAGAACGUGCCGCUGCCGAGAAUCAAACUCAUUGAUUUCGGUCUUGCCCACAAGAUUGAAGCUGGGGUUGAGUUCAAAAACAUCUUUGGAACACCUGAGUUUGUAGCACCGGAGAUUGUCAACUACGAGCCACUGGGAUUAGAAGCAGACAUGUGGAGCAUUGGGGUCAUCACCUACAUCCUGCUGAGUGGUGCAUCACCUUUUCUGGGGGAGACCAAACAGGACACACUGGGGAACAUUUCAGCCAUAAAUUAUGAGUUUGAUGAGGAGUUCUUCUGUCACACCAGUGAGCUGGCCAAGAAAUUCAUCAGCCAGUUGUUGGAGAAGGAUAAGAAGAAAAGAUUAACAAUUCAAGAUGCUCUUAAUCACCCAUGGAUCAAGUCCAAUGAGCACAAGGAGGAAAAUAAAGCCCAGGAGCCAAAGAAACGGGAGCGGCGCCAGCUGAAGACCAAGCGCCUGAGGGAGUACACUAUCAAGUCCCACUCAAGCAUGCCACCCAACAACACAUAUGUAAACUUUGAGCGGUUUGCCCAGGUGGUGGAGGACAUUGACCAGAUGGAGAGCUCGUUCGUUAGCCUGGCAGCGGCCCAUGACUCUCUGCAAGAAGAUAUCGAUGCCAUGGUCUCCAUAUACAAUGAAAAGGAGGCCUGGUACAAGGAGGAGAGUGAAGGUGUGCGCCACGAGCUCUCGCAGAUCCGCUAUGAGUUCCGUAAGGUGGAGGCCUUUAAGAGGAGCCUGCAGGACGACAUGCAGACUUUCAGCUCCGGCCUCAGCGCCAUCAGCAGCCGCUACCAGGAGAGACAGAACCACUUCGAUGCACUGCGUCUGGAGCUUAGCAAUGAGCUGAAAUGGGUGCAAGAGGUGAUGGGUUCAUUUCCCAUGGAUGGAGGCGGUGGAGGAUACCCCAACUGCAACUUCUCCACCGUCUUCAACAACGACGUGAAUGAAGCCCUGAAAGAGCUGCUGAACCGCUCCUGUGGAGGAGAGCUGCUGUCCGGGAUCAACCUGGACUUUGAAACCGGACAGCAAAGAUAAAUGCUUAGAACUUCACAAUUACUUGAAAACUGUUAUUAUAUAUAUUAUAAAACAAUUAUGUUGACUGCGUCAGGCCUGAAGGAUGAUCUCUGUUGCUACACAUAAAGAUUUGGCAGAAAUAUAGAUUUACAUCAGAAGUAUUGUCCUGUUUUUACAUAAAAACCAAACAUUUUCAUGCAGAAAAUAAUCAUUGGAACAAAAAGCUAUGUCCUCACAUACAGUGCAAUGUUGAGCAAAAGCAUUUCUGUAUAAUUUAAAUAAUGUCAGUCUGUUGUGCUGUGUGUUGGAGAUAAAGGUAAAAACAGGUAAUGGCUUUUUCAUUUGUGUAUUUUGUCUGUGACAGCUGAAUAUAAAAACAGUAGAAACAUUUGUAUGUGUAAAUGCUUAACAGUAAUGUCCCAUCUAAAGUGCACAUGGGCUUUUGAUAAAAAGUAUUUUUUUCUAAAGAUCUGGUAGCAUUUUGGGCAUUUAAGGUGCUUUGCAAGUCAUGAAAAGCAAUAAAAUAUCUUUACCUUUAUUAUUACAACAUCCAAACUGAAGU